CUCCCGACUCCUGAGUCAUAUCCUGACUCGACAACGAAAAUGCAUUAUGCACCUGCUUUUUUGGCAUUGGCAACUUCCUAUUAGUUCCUAAACAUAAGCAUGCCAUAUCUUGCUGGUUCAUCAAGCCCAGCUACAGCUAGCUAGCUCACUCUUCGAACUUCAAAGAGCCACGCAAGGGCACGCAAGCCCCUUCCCAUGCACAUUGCAAGCUCCUUGCCUGGGCUUGCCUGCCGUAAUGAUUUUCAGGUACUUGAAACGACUCAUAUGAGUGCUAGGGCCAACAGCUUGCAGCACUUCCAGCCUCCUUCCAGCAAGCCUCCAGCAAGUGCGGACCGCCGUGGCGCCUCAUACCAAGGCUCUCCGUCGUCAAACGCAUUCACCAUUCCUCAUCCAGCUUCUUGGCAAGUCCAUUCUCCAAGUAUGGCCGCCACAUUGGUGUCAACGAUGUCGGUCGCUCUAGCCGCCUUCCUCCUCCUUGCUGACGUCAUGACGGCUGCAGGGCUUCACACAAUCACCUCCGACUCGCGGGUUUGGGGCUCGCGAAAUGCGCUUGGGUCAGCUCAGCCCUCCCAAAGCACCCACCGUAAGCUGAUGCAGGUGCCGACGCCGGCGCCUGUUGUGAGUGACUACCUCAUUGAAUUCUGUGUGGAGCAGGGAAUCGAGGCCAGACAAGCUAGCUACCUUGCUGGGUUUGACACCACGACUUUGUACGUGGCCAUCAACACCUGCGGGGGCGAGCCGCUGAACACCACCACCGAUGUCUACAAUCCUAGAGUUAACGGCACCGUCACUCAAACGAGCAUCCCCGGGGGUCGAACCAUCUCGUGGCACGUGGAAGGCUCUGGAGUCUUCGCCUUCAUCGUGGAUGCGCUGUUCAACCCGAGCACGUCAGCCCGGUUCGACGAAGACACCUUCACGGACGUUGACAACUUCUUCCUCGGAACGCGCCCCAACGAGGAGGGCUUCACUGACGCCGGUCUUUCAAAGGAGGACCUCAAGAGCAUCCUCGCAACGGCCACCUUCGUGUGGGACUACUCCUUCUCUGUGACCGAUGGCAGCAAGCCAGGAGACCCCUUCUCUCCAGCAGCGCUCGGCGAUCCGACGGCCAGGAUCCUUCGUGAUGACAUGACGGCGACCAUCAGCGGGCCCCUGCGCAGCACACCCACCCUGAAAUACCCGCUUGGCAACCCGGCUGUUGCUUUCUUCCGCCAGGUGAAUGUUGAGGGUCAAGGAACUGGCCCGUUCGACUUCCCCGGCUCGCCCGAGAGAGCGGUUGAGACCGAGUUCUCCCUCAACGUGCUCUCCCCCACCGCGAGCGGCGCGCGCGCGGCCGCGCUGAUCACCCAGGUCACUGGUAAUACUCCGAUGCCCACCGAGGGAGCACCGACCCCUACCCCGGGCAGUACUACCGGUGCCCCGACCCCCCCAACCGCCACCCCGGUUCCUCCCACCGGCACCCCGGCACCCACCGCCGUUGGCUUCCCUGUGGGCGGUGUCUGCGACGCGUCCUCCGCCCUUCCCAAUCAGUGCUUCUCUUCGAACGGUGCUCGCUACGUCUGUUGCGCGGGCGGCUGCCCCAGUAACCCAACGGCGACGCCACGUUGCGGGUAGAGCACACGUGGGGCCAUAAGCUAUGGUCGGGACGCCGUCCAAAUGCUCUUGAAGCAUCAGAUGUUGGGCAAGGACUUUCUGUGUGGCCAAUCGGGAGCUGCGAAGCUCGUUGAAAUAAGUUUUCUUCGUAGUACGGGAAUCUAUGAUUAGCGAAGUCAACUUUGGACAGAGUCGCGAGGUUGACUUAGUGCAAGAUCCGACGCGGCCGGGCUUUGAGAGAAAAAAAGUACAUCUGCAGCAUGAGUCUGCGAAGACACUGCAUGAGCAAAUUAAGGGCCAAUUCUACAUUUGUUGGCCAACUGUGUACUACCGGGUUCCAAGCAUGAAUUGGGUACAGUAGUAUGACAUGAUCUCAAUGUCGAUAUCUUAGAUUUUGUAUGUAGACCUCCUUUUUGGUACAUGGUAUUUUCAUUUUCUUAAGUUUCUGAGUAGGUGAAGUCAAGGUCCCGCGCUUGAGAUUGAACCGCCGCGCAUCCAACCCAUGC